UGCUCAAAUGAGUUAUUAACGAGAUUUUAAGCAGUUGGUAUAGAAAAAAAACCUCAUUUGUAGUCACUAAGCGCGACUAAGGAUGACGCUUAUCUGCACCAUCCUUGGCUGAUACGACGGUUUCGAUUUUCAAUCCAAACAGGUUGGACGCAGUUCGGAAAAUGGGUCUGUUUGUGUCGAAAGAGCGGAAAAACAAACGGCGCUUGCCGAAAGUCUCCAAAGGGUCAUCGAAGCGCCCGGGUGCAAAAGAUUCGAGUGAUGCGGGCAUUUUACGCUUCCGGGACGAACAGAUCAUUUGUGCGAUUCGUAGGGACUUGAACGAGACCCCGGAAACCUUUGUGUUGAAUAAUGUGCUAAUGGGAACGAUGUUCCUGCGGAACUACCAAGAGGAAAUUGGUAGGGCAGCGCAGGAGGCCAAAAAUGCCCAAGAGAGCAGCUUUUGGGAACCCAACGUGGUCAUGGAAAAGGCCAACAAGAACGUAAUCUAUCGGCCAAUCCACGGACGGAACAUGGCAGAGCCUUUGGUAACUCGAAGAAUCUAUGUGCCAAUGAACGAGUAUGUGGAUGUGUUUGAUCCAGAGAAUGACUACGAAGAGCCGCAGGAGCACUCGUCCAGUCGCUAUCAAGUGCGGAUUGAAGACAGCAAACGACCAGGCUUUGUCAAGCUCCAGAGGAUCAACGAUCUGGCCGACCACGACGGGAUUUCGUUGAAAGACAUCAUCGAAGCCGCGUCCUCCAACAUUUCAGGCAGUAGCGACACUGACUCCAUUUCCACGUCCAUUGGAACGGAGCCUCAGCUGCUGAAGGAACAGAACGCCGACUUUCCCAGUCUGGACGAUUGCUUCGUCUUCAGAAAAAUCAAGAAAGCAGACGUGGACAUUCAGCUGGAGGACCUCGACUACAAGAACCUGAAAGAGGAGGACGUGUUCUCAGUUGUGUCCUAUCUCACCUCCAGACGCUUUAUGAAACACUUUCAGAAGCAGGUGUUUCAGAAGUCCAUAGCAGAGCAGCUGGGGAUCAGUCAGAACGAUGUCGAUCAUGGGAUGAUCGACAGACACUCCCCAGGGAAGAUCUUUUGCAAUGUUAGGGACGAGAACGGCAAUGCCUACCCUGUGGAGGUUUUGCCUUGCCUCAAAUGCCCUUGGCCCUACAAGCAGACCUACCAGUUCUGCGAAGGAUCGCCUGGAGCGAAAACCCAGUGGCCGACCGAUAAGAUGAUUGACGAAGUCAAGCAGUACCAGUGCGUUCUUGUGCCAAAGGGCUUUUCACGAAAACGAGGCGACUAUCCUGAAGGCGAUCUGGAAUGGGAAAUCCACUUCCCCUUGGCAGAGCGCUACCUGGAAGCCUUCCUACUUCCCGAGCAGAUCAACUGUUACUUUGUGUUCCUGGCCAUUUUCAAGGAAUACAUCCAGCCCUCCACUAAAGGCCUGGGAGUUGUGCCCGAACAUUUCCUCAACCUCAUUCUAACCGAAGCGGAGGCCAACUACUCCAAUUGGGCCAGCCAUCAGCUGGGCCCCCGUCUACUGGGCUUGAUCGAUAGGUUCUCCAACAUUCUCAGCGCGGGUAAAAUGCGCGAUUUCUUCAUCCGCAGGAAAAAUGUUCUAAAAAACCGAUCCGCCAAACGGCGUCUGGAUAUUGCCAACAAAGCCCUGCAUCGAAUCAAGGAGUCGCCCCUGAUGAUGAUCAUCAGGGCGCUGAGGAAUGUUCGAUACACAUCUGGAAACUUCUACCCGCCCUUGGACUAUAAGGAACUGUUGAGGAUCCUCUACGUGAAAGAGUGGGACGAUAUGACGAUGACUCACAUAUCGGACAAAGAGGACGAGUUUUUCGGCUCAGUCAGCUCAUUGGACGAGAAACCCAAGUUUAAGGACGCGGAGACGCAACUGGCAUACGUAAAUGCGAGGAGGCAGAAGCAGAAACUGGUGGAGAGACGGAAGAGGCUGAACGACCGAAAGGGCUCAGUCGACAGCAUUAAUGAUGACUGGGAAUGUGAAAAGCACCUGGACCGACCGAAGAAAGUCGCCCUGUUAAAGCUGUUCAUCAAGCACCACUUGGAGAUGGCCAAUGCCAGUUUAAGAAUCUCCACCGAAACGCAAGCGUUGUUCUACUUGAAGCAGGCCUGGUACUUGACCAGAAUCCUCAAAGAGGAGAACCCACUGUGGGCGGAUGAAGCAGUGAGGUUCCUCGAAGAAAUCCGUCGCGAAGAAUCCAAGAUCAUCAUCGAAAUGCAAACCAAUAUUAGAAACUUUGGGAGCCUGAAUGUGCUCAAUCUCGAAGAGGAACGGUAUGAAGUGGGAGACGACCUGGAGACUUUGGAUGACGUCCAGAUGGGGUUGGACAACUGUGUCCACAGGCCUGUUGAUGCUGAAGUGCACCAGCAGGUCAGAAAUACUAAAGUUAAGUUAAAGACACUGUCUAGAUCGUUUAGUAAUAACUACUUUCAAGAGGAGCCCUUGGAGGAUAUUCGGUGAUCCUUCGUGUGAAGUAACAAAGCGGUGUUGUAGGAUAGUUUAUUUAUUUGUAGAUUUAAGUGCGAAAUGUUCCUAGAGUCCAAAUGCGAGACACUGGAAUGUUUGCUUUGUAUUGAUUCGCAACUAAAAAUAACAGUGAUUUUCGACUCGGUCCAUUCAACAACAUAAGCUGUUUUUAAUUGUGCUAAUUUUUCAUUAGAAAUCUCCGAUAAGCUGGCUCGAGUGGCUCUCUUCGAGGAGUUUGAGAUUUUUAUUUUUAAUGAUUUAGCAUUCACUCAACCAUUCCGUCUCAACGUGGGCCGAUUUGCUGCCUUAUCACUCAAGUGGUUGAUACGAGGCACCCUUUUCGUUGUGUUAUCUUAGCAAAUUAUUGUUUUUUGUAUUUUAAUUUUAGGAUAUUUCAUCAUGACUUUUCUAUAUAAAUUGCCACUUUUUUCUACUUA